AUGCGAAGAAGCAACAAGCUACCAAACCAGCAGCAACAGCUAGCAGUCAGCAGCUAUCUCCGUUGGGGACGAGGCGUAUUGAAAUGCAAAAGUUUAGAAACACGGGUCCUCGUCUUGAAUACGCACAAGAACAACGUUUGAUGAAACCCGAGACGGCUGUUGAAACUAUGGGUCUUGACUGGCGUUCGUAAUAUCUAGUUGUUUAUGUUAUUUGGAGCUUCAAAUGUGCGAAAAGUCGCUCGGUCUCUCCUCAUCGUUGAACAAGAUGGCAGCAGCAGCGGCAUUAAUGCAGGAUUUGACUGUGGUGCGGGUCCUCGUUGGUAGCCUGUUCCUUGACUCUCUGGGUGAUAUGAUUUACUGGUCUUACUGAAGGUAUGGACUCAAAAGUUUUGGUCUACCCAUUACACCUGCACUCAGCUGAAACAAGUGCCUUAGGAACCAGCAGAAGUGGUGCCAGCAGACACACAGGUGAAGCCCACCGCAGUAAUACCACCAGCAGAGCCUUUCAGCAUCAACCCCCACCCAAGACCUACGUGAUUGGAGUCAACUACGGAAUUGCCUAUCCCAACAACGUUAUCCCAUCCUCAGCUGUUGCUGAUUCAGGAAGACGGCACAGGGGAGUACAGCUUGAAGAAAAGGAAGAGUGGGCAUUGCAGACGGCAGGAUUACAGAGAGAGGACAGGUUUGAGCCACAAAGACAAGGUCCAGCUGGGAUCCAAUAUCAGGAGACUCUUUGCCAGAGCAGAGGCCCACAGGAAGUGAGGCCUUGUAGGGACUGUGGUGGAACUCCAUCCGGAGGAGGCUUGGACUGUGUGCUACUGAGGAGGGCCUGUAUCAGAGCAGAGGAGGAAGACGGUAGAAACAGAAGAGUAAAAGCAAGAGGGGGAAACGUUAACCUUCUAGACACAUGCGCCACCGAGAGAUGUGAACCGAAAGCAGGUGAAAGUGGAGAACAUCUGUGGGAGAACAACUGCAUCAGAACCAUGCAGAUAGUGGAGGCGGUAUCUGCCCUACCUUCACUCCCUCCCCCUGUGGCCAUGUUGCAAACCAGCACCGGCAACAGUGCAGACACUGUCAGAGUAGGAGGUGCAGGAACACUGCCUCAUCACAGCACAGUUCAUGGACUGACCGACAUGGGAAUCGGGGUGGAUGGGACAGAAAUCAAGCAUAACGGUAGUACUGAGGCAGUGGCAGGAGCUACAGUGACCAGAAAUGGAUCAGGAGAUGGUGACUAUCAGUUAGUUCAACACGAGGUUCUGUGCUCCUUGAAGAACAGCUACGAGGUCUUAGAGUUUCUUGGUCGCGGCACGUUUGGUCAGGUGGUAAAGUGCUGGAAGAGGGGAACGAAUGAAAUAGUGGCUAUAAAAAUACUGAAGAACCAUCCAUCCUAUGCACGUCAGGGACAGAUUGAGGUCGAGAUCCUGGCCCGGUUGAGCAGUGAGAAUGCAGAUGAGCACAAUGUGGUGCGUGCUCUGGAGUGCUUUCAGCACCGCAGCCACACAUGCCUGGUGUUUGAGAUGCUGGAGCAAAACCUCUAUGACUUCCUUAAACAGAACAAGUUCAGCCCACUGCCACUCAGAAUCAUCAGGCCUAUUCUGCAGCAGGUGGCAACAGCUUUAAAGAAACUGAAGUCUCUGGGUUUGAUCCAUGCUGACCUUAAACCGGAGAACAUCAUGCUGGUGAACCCCUCCAGGCAGCCCUACAGAGUCAAGGUUAUUGACUUUGGCUCAGCCAGCCAUGUCUCCAAGGCUGUGUGCUCCACUUACCUGCAGUCCAGAUACUACAGGAUCCGGUACAUCUCUCAAACUCAGGGCUUGCCUGCCGAGCAGCUGCUAAACAAGGGGACCAAGACCUGUCGUUUCUUCUCCAAAGAGUCAGACUCUCCCUAUGCCUCCUGGAGACUAAAAACGACAGAAGAGCAUGAGAAAGAGACAGGACUUAAAUCCAAAGAGGCCAGAAAAUACAUCUUCAGCUGUCUGGAUGACAUAGCACAUGUGAACUUGGUAUUGAGUCCUGAUAACAGUGACGUGCAAGCAGAAAAGGCAGACAGGAGGGAGUUUGUGUCUCUGCUGAAGAGUAUGCUGUUGAUCGAUGCUGAGGACAGGACUGUUCCCUCCAGUGUCCUCAAUCACCCCUUCCUCAAUAUGACUCAUCUGCUGGACUACCCACAUAGUAACCAUGUGCAGUCAUCUUUCCGCAUCAUGGACAUGUGCCACAGCCAGCCCACCAAUGCAGUUUUUGACGCUCUCAACCAGAACACCAUUCAUUUCUCAAGACCCUCUGUAGCCCCCACUGCCUCCUCUGGCCUCCCUCUGGGCUACAGCAACAUAGCAGUCCACACUCAGGCUAUAACCCAGUCAGCUCCCUCAGUGUUGCAUCCAGGGAUAGCUCUAACAACUGGGAAUGGUCAGUUUGGGUGCAGUGACUCGUUCCCACCUGCUCUUCUUCUUUGUCCUCCCACCAUGCAAGGUAACCUUAAUCAACCAGCAGGGUAUUCUGUUCCCAUGGUAACUCAGGCCCCUCCUAUACAGCCCCUUCCAGUGAGGCCUGGUGUAAUAGCUCAGCAGGCCUGGUCAAGCCGGGGGCAGCAGCUCCUUGUCCCAGCAGCCUGGCAGCAGAUGACUCCAGUGGGUCCUCCUCCCUCUCACCCCCCUCCACCACCGCCAUCCUCCCUAGCCAACGACACCACAGUGGGCCCACAAAGGAUCAGCGACUGGGGGAAAGUGCUUCCCCACAGCAACCACUACAGUUCAGUGAUUCAACAGCCUCUCCUGACUAAUCAGAUGCCAGCCCUCUCUGCCCAUCAGCCAAUCAACAUUGGUAUAGCUCAUGUUGUGUGGCCCCAGCCAGCCAAUAAAAGGAACAGACACAGUCACAACAGGAACGUGUCCUACUCCAGUAACAUCCACAUAUCAGUGUGUCGGACCCCAAAGAUGGCUGAUGUUGUUGGACAGGCAGUGCAAGGAAGGGAGCAGCCUCAGAGGGAGGUGCCUCUGGUGGAAACCAGGCAACUGGAAGUUCAAAACAUCAAUGAGGUAAAAGAUGAUGCGGAAGAGGAAGUGAGAUGUUUCAAAGAGGUGGUGCCAAAUGGUAACAGACAGCGGGACCUGUCCAUUCAACAACAGCGAGAUGUGGCAGUUCUGAUGGGUGACACACCAAGCCCUGCUCCCAGUGUGAUCAGUAUUCGCAGUGACCUGAGUGACGGAGAGGAUGAAGAUGAAGACCCCCAGAGGUGCCGUCUGAGCGAGUGUAAAGAGGAGUGUGUGUGUGAGGCAUGCAGAGACACCAGUGUGUCCAUGGAGAGAGUGUGUUCCCUCAGCAGCCCUGACAGCAGCCUCAGCACCAAUUCUUUUGCCUCCAACUCACUUCAGUCCAGCCCCUCUGUCUCACCAUGCAAGAGGCACAACAGCAUAUCUGAGGAUGACGGCCAUGAGAGUGGUUGUGACACAGUGGAAGGUUCCCCCACGUCCGACACAUCAACCUCCCCACAUGGCAAUAGCCAAUACCGUUACCUUGACAACAGUAACCACAGCAACCGCCCACGUUUGGCUUCUGUGGUAGCACCACUGCCUUCCCCUGCUGUGCAGGGAAGGAGUCCCCGUGGUGUCAGGACAAUGGUGGUUCCACCAAUGAGAGUGCAGAUAAGCAACAGUCAGCGAAGAGAGGAGCGUGUCCACAGAACGAUCUCAGAGUCGUGGUCCCGGUCCAAAGGGCGCUGCAGUCUCGUAGGACAACAGAGCACUCCCUCCUCUGUCCCCCUCCUCCCAUCCGCCCCCCUCCUGUCCCGGCAGCAGAAGGCAACGGGACCGCACCAGCCCCCACUGGCCUUUGGACAGAUGCAGCCGUAUGGUUCAAACCAAAGCAACAAAGAGUGGAACGGCAACUAUGGGCCGCUACGACCGCACGCCUACAUUCCCCCUACUGUCCACACACACACCUUCACACACUUGCCACACAGCAGCCCCAAGCACACUUCGGCCGCCCCGCAUACACACACCCAGGUACUGCCCACACACACCCUGCUGUCUUAUCCUCCCAGCGGCCCCCUCACUACCGCCCACCACCCCCACCCCAUCCUGCCCUCUCGCCCUCCUCCUCCCCCUCUACUCCAGCACAGCUAUGGUCUCUCCCACCCCCAAGGAGGUGCUAUAGUUCACCAGGUGACCCUGGGUAUCAGCACCCACCCCCACCACCCUGGACAUCCCACUCCCCUCCCACACAGGCUCCUCCCCUCCCCGACCAUCCAUCCACACCACCAGCCCAGCUACGCCCACCAUCCCCACCAGUUCAAACCUCCCUUUCCCCCUCCGCCACCCCCUCCUCACCCUUACAUGGCCUCCCCCGCUGCCUACACAGGCUUCCCUCUGAGCCCCACCAAGCUCAGCCACCACCCCCAGUUCUCUUAUAUCUGAGGACCAGGUUGGGGCUGCAGCAGGGGCAGCAGCCCUUUCUGGUGAGAAGGGGCAAUGGAAAAUGGACUGGGGCUGCGACCUGGGCAGGUAGAGCUAGCAGCAGAGCACCAUACGGACACUUGUGAUGAAGAAGAUGAGGAAGACUAAAAUAUAGUUAACAAGAGGAGGAUUGAUAACAAUGUAUCAUAAGGUAUUAAGAAAGAAAGAAAGACAAAAGCAACAAUGCUGAAGAUAAUGUUUUAUGGUGUUUUGAAGACAAAGAAAUUCACAGCCUCUCUAAUCUGGAGGUUUAAGUGAAAAGUCAAGAGUAACUUCAGUUCUGAAAGACUUCCUGCGAAAUCAUGUCAGCCAACGAAGGAAACAAUGAGUGAUUAAAAGUGCAAAGCUUUAUUAAAUAGCAUUACAAGAGUCAAUUAAUUCACAAAUGAUGAUGACAAGGAAAUUUUAAUUAAGAAUGUGUCCUUUGCACAUUACCUUCUGACAUUUAUUUUUGAGUAGUGUUCAGAGACUAUGAACUAAUUAGAGACUGUAUUUCAUUUGUUGUCAUUGCUGUCACAUUGCUCAGCCUCCCCUUCCCUUUAUCUUUGUUGCCUAGUAGCAUGUGCUAGCCGGUCAGAUCUGUUUGUUAAGCCAUCCCAGUCUGUAUUAACCAGGAUCAAAUGCUCCUGUCUUUGUUUCAGACAGACUUUGCUGCUGCCAUCUCCUAGUGCCUUAAAACCAGAGUCUAUGGUGUUACUUCAGGAGCUUAGAGAUUGUAAAUUUAAAUGGGCUUGCAGCACUCUGAUUACGAUGGGCUUAUUGGAUAAAUGUUAGGAUAUGCUUGUGGCUAUGUUUUAAUAUUGGCAAAUGUUGGACUUCAGUAUGUUUUCUCACUCAGAGUAUGGAUUUACUUUAGCUAGAGGCUGCAAAUUUAGGGCUUUGACUAGAUGAGCUUUUUAUGUACAUAAAGAGCGAUUUGAUAUUUUCAUAAUCAUUUUCUAUUCACUAAAGUACUUAAUUCAUAACAGUAUUGUCACUGUUUACUGUAACUGCAAUACAAUCUAGAUAGCUCCUGGGUUGCUGUGUUUUUAUUAUUUUUAUUUAGGUUAGACAUGCAGUACUACAUUUUAUGUUUUAGAUUUCGGGAGUGGCAUAGAUUAAGAAAAAUAAGAUUGUUUUAUGUUUUUACUUUUAAAUGCUUGUCAGUGUUUGAAAUAACCUAUCAUCUUACAGUAUCAUUGCUGGGCUAUUGAGUGUUAGAGGUGUAUUGGUAAUUGUUUAAAAUUUUUUGGUGAGAUGAACAUUUUGUCCAUGUAUUCAAGCCUAUAGUCAGUUAUGAUACAUUCCUUCAGGGUGGAUGCAUAGCCUUGAUUUUUUUUUUUUUUUUGAUUACCAGUGUGUAGUAGAGCUGUGUCUUUACCUGUUGUCAUAUCAAUUGGUGUUUCACUCAAAUCGGCACCAAAGACUGUUCAUUAAUCAUUUCUGAGGCAUGGUCGAUAAUAUUUCUCCUUUUCACCUCCAGCAUGCUGUUGCAGUUAUCAAGUUGGAAUAUAUUGUGAGAUUCUAUUUUAAAAAUGAGGUUGAGGUUUUAUUUUUCUUAGCUAUGUUUGGCUAAUUAUAUUUGGAAUGUAUAGAUAAUAAGCUGCUAUGUACUGAUUAUCUGCCACUUCGUAGCUGUGAAUUUAGAGGAUUAAUCUCAUUCUAGCCUGCAUUCUCUCAUUUGUAUUGUAGUUCUGAUGACUAGAUACAAUAGAGGAGGGUUUUAUUUUGAUCAUAGAGUAUAUUGAAUGCUAUUCCUAUAUGCUAGUGCCUCUGUUUAUUGGCUUUGUUGUUUUGAAGUGAUUGUAAACUGCUGUAAUGGAAGUUAUUAGUUGUUUUUUUUUAUUCUGUUGCUUUUUUUGUUUGUGUGUG